GGCUCACAUCUCCGCGAAUUCGGAAUCAAAACACACGCGUCAAGACGGGAAAAUUUGUAGAAAAUCCACAAAAAACUCCUUUUGAAGCAAAAUGCUAAGACCACAGAGUGUUUCAAUUCAUCUCAGAAGAUUCAAGCAUGGAAGAAAUCACUGGUCAAUGGUCAGGAAAAAAAUCUUCCCAAAAGACCGUGCUCUUACGAAUUUUGAUGAAUUCUAUGGAUCUAUCUUUGGGAUCAGAUGGAAAUCCAUGAGACUGGCUCUUCUCUGUGAGCAUAAAUACAUGGCACUUGUGAAUAACUUUGGGGAUGUGGAGAAAACAACUCAGAAACUCGAGGCUUCAGGAGCUAUAAAUGUCAGGACAUUGUAUAAUAUCACAAAGGAACGGAUCGAGAAGGGAGAGUUCCAAGAACUCGAUAGAAUUGAGGAGAAAUUCACAAAAAUCGACGAGAGAUUGAAGUCAACAAUGGCCAGGCGACAAGCUGAGGAAGUGCAAGCUUUCUAUCCACAAGAUCGAGAAGAAGCUCUGAAUUUUAUUCCCGAAUCCAUUGAAAAGUUGAGACCUAAGAAAAACGCCGAGGAUUUACCAGAAGAAGAGCCUGAAGUGGACAAUCGCCGAAUGAUAGAUCCGGAAAUUAGUGAAGGACUUCUGGAAGAUUUUGUGCCCGCCACGAGGAUUAAGGGUCUCGAGGAUUGGGUCUUUGAGUCUGAUCAUUACAAAUACUACACCACAAAUGCAGAUUUCCCCCUGAAAAUUGAACCUGAAGAGGAAUUGAGCUUCCCGGACAAUCUUCACAUUUACACGUACGAAAGGGGAAAUGUUUCGCGGUUUUCCAGCCCAAGGAGGUGCAUUACGGGAUCGUUUUCCCACUACCUUCUCGAUGGAGCCUCAAUCCUUCCCCCAUUGGCCUUGGGACUUGAGCCUGGAGAUACUGUUCUCGAUGCUUGUGCAGCUCCUGGUGGGAAGGCUCUGCUGAUGCUACAGACGCUCUACCCAAAUGUCCUGGUGUGCAAUGAUAUCCCAGAAACCAGAGUCAAGAGGAUCAAGAAGGUCAUGCGAGACUUUGUAUUUGACUUUGAGGAAAAUUGGCAGCAGAAGAGAUGCUUCAUUAUUCACGAGGAUGCGAGGCUGCUGAGGGAAUACAAGAAGUACGACAAGAUCUUGGUGGAUGUUCCCUGCACAACAGACAGACAUUGCCUGAUGGAGAAUGAGAACAAUAUCUUCAAGCCAACGAGACUCAAUGAGAGACUAAAGAUUCCGGAACUUCAGGCUGGAAUUCUUGAAAACUGCCUAAAUCUUCUAAAAGUUGGAGGAUCCCUCGUCUAUUCAACCUGCUCCUUGAGCCCUGUCCAGAACGACGGAGUUGUUCAGAUGGCUCUCUCCAAUGCCUUCAGAGAGUCCGGAAUCUCAGUGAUAAUCAAAGACUUGAGCACUGUGAUGAAGCCAUUCUACGAAAUCUUCAGAUUCGAGAAUCCUCGAGGUCUGAAGUACGGCCAAAUGGUCAUCCCCUUCCUUCCAUCGAAUUUCGGCCCGAUGUACUUUAGCAAAAUGACGAGGAUCAGGUAGAAGGUAAGCACAGAAUUUAUUUUUAAAACAUCCUCCGAAAAAAGAGAACACAAAAACAAAAAUGCAAUCACAUGCAUUGUCUUGAGAGGAAGAAUUAAAUUUUAGUCCUAUUACAAUA